AUGGGGGCUAAAGGUGAAGGGUUGCGCCGAGUUUUCGGAGACCUCCGAUCGAGUCGCUGGGUGCGCGAGGCAGGCUGCAUGGAUCGCCCGGGCACUCGCAAAGUGACUCGCCUGCAGAACAAACGUGCGUGCAACGAACGCUGGAUCGACAACGAAGCAAAAACCGUCCUCAAAAUGCAAGCCGACUCCAAAGGAAACAGCAGUGCCGUCAGCCCGCAAAACAGACAAGACACAAGAAUGCCUGAGCAGAGCAACGACUACCGAGUAGUGGUUUUCGGAGCAGGUGGUGUGGGUAAAAGUUCCCUCGUCUUGCGAUUCGUCAAGGGCACUUUUCGCGAGUCCUACAUUCCUACCAUUGAAGACACUUACAGACAGGUGAUCAGUUGCAACAAAAACAUCUGCACGCUGCAGAUAACAGACACGACGGGCUCGCACCAGUUUCCCGCGAUGCAGCGGCUCUCGAUCUCCAAGGGGCACGCGUUCAUCCUGGUCUUUUCAACCACCUCCUGACAGUCGCUGGAAGAGCUGCGGCCCAUUUGGGAGGUCAUGUGUGAAGUCAAGGGUGGCAGCCUCGAAGGCAUUCCCGUCAUGUUGGUGGGCAAUAAGGUGGACGAGGAGACCACUCGAGAGGUCACACUGGCCGAGGGCGAGGCGCAGGCGCAGCGCUGGGGUUGCAGCUACAUGGAAACUUCCGCCAAAACCAACCACAACGUGAAGGAGCUCUUCCAGGAGCUGCUCAACAUGGAGAAGAACAGAUCCAUCUCGUUGCAGUUGGACGCGAAAAACCGCAGCGCCAAAGGGACGAGCAAGAUCAAGGAGAAGUGCAGCGUUAUGUGAGAUUUGCUGCCCCCCGGCCUACAACGAAACAAACAAACAAAACCCACACAUCGAGAGUGACUGACUGACUGCGAUGACUGACCGACUGCUGAGCUGCUUUGCGUGAAAGGCCUACUAGAGUGAAUCUGCUGCGCGGAUGCUGCGUGCGUGCUGGACGAGCACGGUUACGGGUUUCAACCAGGGAUGGCUGCUCUCUCCUUCCUCUCCAUCAAAUUUCGUUCGUCCCAAGGACAAUCCGCCAAUCUGCUCUGCUUGUUAAUAAUUUUAGUGGAAAGUAUAAUCAAAUAGGAAGUAAAACAAACAUAAUGGAACGGCAGAGCAGUCUGGUGCAACAGCCUAAAUGAUGAGAAUGUUUUAUUUAAACUUUAAAAGUUAAUUUUUAUUCUGAGUGUGAAAAGCGUUUGCUUAGAAAAGAGAGCAAGAGAUGUUUGGAAAUUUUAAGUAUAACUCGUAUAAUGAACGGCUUCUCAAUGUAGAUCUUGUGCCUCACUCAGAGUUGUAAUUACCUAUAAUGAAGUAUUAUUAUAUAAUAAUAUUGUAACGUUUUGGAUUCAGCAGAAAUGGUGCUGUGUACAAAGUUUUAUGAAUUACACGAGCAAAGAUUUACCGUUGCAUUAUUAUAAAAUAUAUUGCUGAAAAGCUUAAAUUGAAAAUUCGCAAAUAAGUUCUUCAAAUUCACAGUAUUUUUGCGAUUUGUACUUGAAUUGAAAAUAAUAAUUGCGAGUACACAGUAAAUUAAGGCGAGGGGAGGGUACACACUAAUUUUCUUCCAAAAGCUCCGUUUCUAAGGAUCGUUAAGGAUGUAUUUAAAAUUAGCUUUGGUCGUUUUCAAAAUUCAAUGUUGAAGCUUUUUGUUCAGGGCAUUUUUGAAAAAUGUAUGUGCGUUGCGUGGUCUUCAAAACACAGAAGAGGUCUUCUACAACGUUUCUUCCAGUGAAAUUUUUCCAAUUAAUUUUUGUAUUUCCAACUUUUACUCGUAUAAAAUCAUUCUACUAUUAUACUUCAUUCUAAUUAGCUCAUUAUCACAAUCAUUUUGUACUGUCUUGUUGUUAUAUUUAACGUCUCUAGCUGUAUAUUUUACAAUUUUCGCACUUUGUGUUUCUGCUAAACACAUAAUUUUGUCCUCUCUAUAUAAAUGUACCCAUCUCACUAUUCCUGCUUAGAGGAAGUUCUAUUCAUAAUGAAAGUGAUAAAUUCUAUAAUUAUUCAAAGUAAAAAAAUAACCAUAAUAUACAAGACAGGAAAUUUACUUGAAAGAAAAAUGAUCUUGGCAAUAAUAGAAUGAUAGCCUGCUGGACAAAUCUAAAAAGUCAAACAGAGAAAAUUGCGGCUUUUGGUGGUCCAUCCCUGGUGUCUGUGUAAAUAACGUUGAACUAGAAGAAGCAUGCGAGGGCUGGAUCCUCUCAUUUUUUUCACAACCCUCUUAAUAAAAAUUGUUGCGAAUUGUACACGAAGGAAUCGAUGACUCUGUUUUAGCAUAUCAGCUGCGUGUUUGUAAAUAGGUUGAAACACUAUAAAAAUAUGAUAUAUACGCAAAGAAAGAAACGACCACGCAAGAAAUGAAGUGAGAUGAAUAAAUUAUACAUGAAAAAAAAAAUUAAUAAGCAAACGCUUCUGGAAAGCCGCAGGUCACAUUUAUUAUGUACUUAUGAAAAAAAGUGAAGCGACGAUUAAAAAAAUAUAUAAAAUUGCAGCAUUACCAUAAAUGAAAUGAGAAGCUAUAAAAAUGGAAAUAACCACAAGCAACAGGCAAGAUCCAUAUAUUAUAUUGUACUCAAUUAAUUAACAUCAAUAAAGUUACU